UAUAACAAGAAGUCAUUCGAUGGUUAUUGAUUAAGCUGAUUCAGUUUUUGAGUUGGAAUAACGUGAAAAGAAGACAAAAAUGGAUCAAAAAUUAUUUUUAUUGCUAUUGACUGGAUUCGUCAUUUGCGAGCUUAGCUGUGUCAAUGCAGGACUUUGCAGCAAUGAUCGAGAAGAUGUUGGUGAUGAUUUUCUCUACUUGGAAUGUGGACGUGGCAAACGUGAAAAUAAUUUGCCAGCAGGAAUAAAAAUACCAUCAGGUUCUUCGGUAUCAGGGUCAUCAGCCCCAGGAACACCUUCCGGUUCAUCCAAACCUGGUUCACCGAAAGGUGCUCAACCUGGUUCACCAAAACAAGCCAGUUCAUCCAAGCUCGCAGCCGCAGCAGGUUCAACAUCCAAAGGAAAGGCCAAAGGAUCAUUGGUGUCACAAAGAGUUCAAGAGGUUGAAAAUCGUAUGAAAACGAAUUUAGAUAAAGGUUUAGAUACAUGGAUAGCCCCAGUACCAUCUGCCCCACCGAAAGUGAAAUUAGAUCGACCAAAAGCAACUGGUCACUUUGAUGUGCCACGAGUACCAGACUCAACCGGGCGCAUUCAGUAAAUGGAUUAUCCAUCCUUUCGCACCUAAAAAAUGCCCAAAUGCCGCCAAAAAUCAAGUCGAUACAACAAAGUGUUCAAUUCCGUAAGAUUGAAUCAUUUCAAUACACAUUUUUCUCGCUACUUGAAUUGUUGUGAAGCAAAAAAUCUGAUCUAAUUCAAUUUUGUUUUUCGACAAAUGAAAUUUCAAUAAAUUUUUUCUUCAUUUUGAAUGGGCAAAAUUAUCGGA